AUCAAGUCCCACAGAUAUUAUUCCCAUUUGCCAAAGAACAGCAGAAGCCUGAGCCCUUAAUUUACUGGGUUUGGGUGAUAUAAAGCUCAAACAUUUCAAUUCCAUUUUGAUAUUUUACUUGUACUUCUUUUACAACAUCAGCCCAACUCUUCAAUCAGCGCCGAUUGUGCUCAAAAUACUACUUGAGUAUCAAGAACAAUGAUAAUGGUACUGAAUAUACGAUUGUUAUUCCAUAAUCUUUUGUUGGAAAAUUUGUGAAUAUGGUGAAUACUUGUGUCAUUUGGUUUGAACUUUGAAGUAACCUGUAAUGUGUGAGCAUGGGCGUUUUCACCAAUCAGAAUUCUCUCAAACACUCUCCCUUCUCUCUCUAAAUGAUAAAACCUAAAAUAAGCAAAAACUACCGCCACAGCACAGCCUCUGCCGCCGGCCAGCCGCCUGUGUGCUGUCGCUGCUACCUUUCGGGCUUGGCAGUCGGCUGUCACCAAUCAAGUCACAAAACAAACCCUAAAAAUCAGAAUUUUGAUUUCUUUUAAGGGGAAUUGCUUAAAACACCCGAGUCUUCCAGUAAUGAGAAAUGCCUACAUGUCAAGAUUCUGCAGCAUUCAUUACACUGCUGUUACUCCAUUGCUGUCACACAGAAAACUUGUUCUUGAACUGUCUAGAGACUUCUCCUCCUGCAGUUCAUUAAUUGUAGCUCCUUCUAGUUCUCCAAUUUGCAAUCGCUCCUUGUUAGUGUUGACAGCUCAAAUCUCCCUGUCUGAUACAACACAACGCUCUGAAGAGUGGUUCGCCCUCCGCAAGGAUAAGCUUACUACAAGCACAUUCAGUACUGCUUUGGGAUUCUGGAAGGGGACUCGCCGAGCUGAGCUGUGGGCUGAAAAGGUCUUUGCUUCUGUGCCUCAAUGUCUGGAAGCUUCUAGCAUGCGGGCCAUGGAGUGGGGUGUUGUCAAUGAAUCAGUAGCCGUUGAAAGGUAUAAGAGCAUCACUGGGCAGGAUGUCAGCUUCAUGGGAUUUGCAAUUCACGCUGAGCCAAGCUUUAAUUGGGUAGGUGCUUCUCCAGACGGUCUUCUGAGUUGCAGUCCCGAGGACGGUAUCCUUGAAGUUAAAUGCCCAUAUAACAAAGGGAAGCCUGAACUAGCACUGCCUUGGUCAAAAAUGCCUUUCUACUACAUGCCCCAAAUCCAGGGUCAAAUGGAGAUUAUGGACCGAGAAUGGGUAGAUUUAUAUUGUUGGACGCCUAAUGGGAGCUCGAUAUUCAAAGUACGUAGAGAUCGGGGGUAUUGGGAUCUCAUUCAUGGAAUUUUACACGAAUUUUGGUGGGGAAAUGUAAUUCCUGCUAGAGAAGCCUUAACAGACGGUGGGGAAGAAGCAGCCAACUACUAUAAACCAGCACCAAAACACAGAAAGACUGGCGAGGUAGUAGCCAAGAGUAUCAGGCUAGCAGCCGAAGCUAAAUUAUUGUGCAAGGAGAUUGCUGGUCACAUUGAAUUUUGUACAUAGGUGCAAGGUUGUAUUUUUUCAUGGGUCGAUAUUAGUUAGCCAUAGGUGCUAAGUUGUAUUUUCUUUUUCGAAUCUUGAGUAAAUUAUGUUGUCAAACUAUAAAUCAUAUUUUGGGAGUAAUUGGGGCGAUUUAAAACAAAGAACUCUUUCUCCUUUGGCAUCCUUUAUUUUGUUUUUACCAAUUACUGUUAUUCUGUAGUUUUCUUAAGACAACGUUGUCACUUAUAUUCUCUUUAUUCUCUUUAUGCAGGGUUCUUAUAUGUUUGGGGUAAAAUCGACCGCAUUUUUCUAGUCCUUCAUGUGAAGAGAGUACGGGUAUGGAUUGUCUGUCAUCUUCACUCACCCAGACCCUGCUUUCGAGCAGAACAAUAGGUAUGAUGAUGAAUGAUGAUGAUGCUAUAAGAUAAGUAUAUAAAUGGAUGUAUUCUUCUUUUAAAAAUUCCCUAUUCUUGGUUUAAUUGUAAUACGUGAUCCUGAUCUUUCUCCAAAUAUUGUAGAUUGUGAAUGAGACUUGGCACUAAUCUUGAGGAU